GAAAGGCUCAUUCGGGGCGGGGCGACAGGGUGGAACGCCUAGCAUAGAGAGCCUGAUCUAACGAAGGUGAAAGGUAAAGCACGGAGCCCUUUGGGAUCGCAACUCCGCGGAGAGAGGUCUUUGGAUUUCAGUUCAGUUCCUAUGUCUUCCCCUGAAAUUGCUUCCCUUUCAUGGGGGCAAAUGAAAGUACAAGGUUCAACUAAAACCUAUAAGGACUGCAAAGUGUGGCCAGGGGGAAGUCGCGAUUGGGACUGGAGAGAAACAGGAACUGAGCACACUCCUGGUGUACAGCCUGCAGAUGUGGAGGAAGUUGUCAAGAAAGGUGUGCAGACCCUUGUGAUUGGCCGCGGGAUGAGUGAGGCUUUGAAGGUGUCUCCAUCAACUCUGGAGUACCUCGAGAAACAAGGCAUUGAUGUGCGGGUCCUGCAGACAGAGCAGGCAGUGAAGGAGUAUAAUGCCUUGGUUGCCCAAGGUGUGAGGGUGGGAGGGGUCUUCCAUUCCACCUGCUGAUGGGGCCUUAAGAGAAUAAAUCAUGAAG